CCGCGCUUGGUCAAUUCAACGUCAAUUGCGCUGACGGCAGGUUCAGCGGGCAGUGUGACAUCUAGCGCGAUUUAAGAUUUGAUUUUCGAGUCGUCUUUUUUUCGGUCGGUGCGCGUGUUGUUUCAGUGCUAUACUGUGUCCGUGAUCUCCUCUCUGUGUCGUCUCUACAGUGGAUUAAAGAUGUUUCUCGCGGUUGGUGUUUUGUGGACCUUGGCGCUAGCGUCAGCACAGCAGCUAAAUUUGGUUCACGAAUGGAAUUUGGUGAAUUACAACACUCCACGCGGCUACCCCGGUCAAGAGUUUUUCUUGGCCAACAGGACCAUAAUAACCAGUACAGAGGUUGGUUUCGAUCGUCAAUUCUUCGCCAUCCCGAAAAUUUGGUCCGACAACCCAGCGACACUUGUCUCCAUUCCUAAGAACUCCGCUGAGAAAGGACCUGUCUUUGAGGCAUACCCGAGCUGGGAUUGGCACGUACAAGGUGUGAAGGGGCAGCCGAAGACCCCAACCACUUGCUCCGGCUUCGUCAACGUAUUCAGACUGCGAGUCGACAGGUGCGGCAGGCUCUGGGCCCUCGACUGUGGAAUCCUCGACAGCUACGUUGCACCCGACCCGAUCUGCCCGCCAAAAUUGAUCGCUUUCGAUCUUCACACCCACCGAGAGGUCAAGAGAAUCGAAAUCCCGAAGAGCGUGCUCCUGGCCAACUCCUUGUUAUCUAACUUCCAAGUCGACGACACCGACGAAUUCGGAAACACUCCGGAAGGCAACUGCGACGUUGGACACAUCUACAUCUCGGAUAUCGCUGCUCCUGCCGUCAUCGUUUACAAUGUGAAAACAACGGAAAUCUGGAGACACUUCGACCCCGCUUUCUACCCUCACCCAGACCACGGCAAAUUCACGGUGGCCGGCGAUUCGUUUGUCCUCAUGGACGGAAUCAUCGGAACAGCCCUAUCGAACCCGGGUCCUCAGCGGGACUUCUUCUGGCAUCCGAUGUCCUCGAACAGCAUCUUCGCGGUGAGCACGGCCGCCCUGAAGGUCCCGCCGGCGGCCUCCGACCCUGACCCGCUCCCAGUGAGGAAGCUCGGAGAGAAGUCCUCGCAGUCCAUCCCGUUGGCCUACGACCCCGUCACCGAGGCCCUCGUCUUCAGCCCCGCCACCGAGUGUGCUCUCGUCUCCUGGAAGCUCGGAGAAAAGAACUACCGUCUGCUGGCCUACGACCCGGUGACUCUGCAAUGGAUUUCAGAGAUCCGGCCGGCAAUCCUGGACGACAACCACAUCUGGGUGGUGUCCUCGCGACUCCAGAAGUACGAGCACAACACGGUGAACCCGAACGAGGUCAACCAGCGGCUCUUCCGCUUGGAGCGUGCCCAACACCCCCGCAACCUAGGUUUCUCCCCCGUCUCCCCCGACGUCCCCCUGCUCCACCCGGAACCCUUCGCGGCUGCCGUCCCCGACUACCCUCUCCAGAAUCAUCUCGUCCCCAUCCCCCUCCGCCUCGUUCGUGAAACCCAAGAGGAAAGAGAGACACCCCUAGGUCUCGCACGCUUCGCCUAAGAUUAGCGAUUAGAGGAUCGAGCUCAACCCUCCUUUAAUGGAGAUGUUGCAUGAGUGAGGAAUUUGCGAUUUGACUGUUAAUUCUGGUGUAAAAGUUCGUGGGAAACACGAUGGUGCCACUGGUUUUCUCUGAAAUCAU